UGAGGGCGUUCUUCAGUGUUUUGAAAAUAGAGUUGAGUUCCAAUAUUUUUGUUUGUAUAAAGUUUGUAUAAAAAUUAUUCGUUACUUUAUGUCUGGAAACCGACGUGAACAUGAAAGUAAAAGCACCAAGUCGAUACUGAAAUUGUAUAGUAUUUUUGAGGGAGAGGUCGUAUCGGUUCAAGAAUAUGGUGCAUUUGUGAAAAUUCCAAAUCAUCAUAAAAAUGGUCUUGUUCAUCGAAGUCAAAUAUCCUCAAGUAAAGUAGAAGAUGCAAAGGAUGUCUUGAAUGUCGGUGAAAAAGUGUUUUGCAAGGUCAUCUCACUUGGGGAGGAUAAUGACAAAAUAGCUCUUUCUAUGAAAUGUGUAAAUCAAGGUUCUGGCAAAGAUCAAGACCCAAAUCAUUUGUUAACAAUUCAGGAUGAACAAAGAAGGAAGUUUGGAGGUGGAUAUGUUAAGCCUAAGAUUGAACUUGGUGCAAUCUACAACACUAACUGCAGGCAAUGUGGUGGCCAAGGGCAUAUUGCGUCAGAUUGUUUCCAGGCUCCUGGUAGCAAGACGUAUGACCUUAUACCGGAUAUCGAUCUUGAACUCCCACCACCCGAGGUCAUCAAAGCACCACACCACCACAAGAAGAAAAAGAAGGAAAAGAUGAAAAAACAUAAACGAACAAAGCACUACAGUGAAACAGAUUCAAGCUCAGAAGACGAUGAACCAAAGAAAAAAUCUAAACACAAGAAAAAUAAGAAAUCGAAAUCCUCUCACAAACAUACCCGCAGUAGUUCUGACUCAGAUGAUAGCUCAAGCAAUGAGCCAAAGAGGAAAUCAAAACAUGAGAAAAACAGGAAGUCAAGAACCUCUCACAAACGAAGCCACAGUAGUUCCGACUCAGAUGAUAGUUCAAGCUCUAGCGAUGAACGAAGAAGGAAGAAACAUAAAAAAGACAAAAAGAAAAGCAAACAGAAGUAUAAUCAUCAAGACAAAUACAGGUGACCUUUAACCUCUGAUGUUCUUAAUGAUGAUUUGUCAUAUAUAUGGUCAAUUAUCUUUAGUCUGCUGAGAAGAUAGCCAACACCUGGUCGUACCUGUCCAAACUGAUGGGCUGAGCUGCCUAGGGUGUUUGGUUACAAACCUAGAGUGAAACUCCUGGUAGACUGGUAGAGGUGGUGGUAAAAAUUGUGCUUGUAGACCAUAAGUAGAAAUUGAAAACCUAUUGUCUAAGGGGGAAGCCCUAAGGGGAAGUUUGGCAUGUUGCAAGGAAUGCUUAUAACUUUUAUAUAUACAAUACUACAAUAUUCUCUAUGGAGUUAUAAUAAGAGUACCAGAACACUACCUCCAAUGUGUUCGAUGUUCAAAAUACGCAUAGCUCUGUGUGUUUACCUUACAAGAUUGCUGCCGUGGAUUCAGCCAAUCAUAGUAAGUUUUGAAUACAGUUAUGUGGAAACUUGAGUGUUUUAGUGUAGCGUACACGAUUUGGAUUUUCAUUCCUCAGUACUUUAUUUUUAAAUCGGAUACUCCACUUGGUCUCUUUUUAGCUACAGUAGUUUAAUAUUGUAUUAAUAUUAUUAGUAAUAAUGAUUAAUGAAAUAAUAGUCAGAGGGCUUAUUUAUGGUUAUAAUAUGUAUAAGCCUGAAGGUGGCGCUUUCCUACGACGGCCAUCUUGUAUGGUACACAUACAAAACUCAGUAUUGCUUUGUCACCUAGUCAGCACUCUGGUUGUUUAAUAACUCCAUGGUAUUAUCUUAUCAUUGUAUCAUUUUGAGAGUAAGUGCAUAAACAUAUGGAUACUUUGAAGUGAUUUAAGGUAUCUUCUGUGCUGCUCUCACUUUAUGCAUUGCUUUGCAUUGUUGCUAACCAUUAACUCGUAAUUCAAUGAAACACAAGAUGUACUGUUACAUUUGAGGGCGCUGUUCCAUAAUGAACAGAUUCUUAGCACAUGCUAAUGCUCGAAGAAGUGCCAUCCUCAAAUAAGUGCCACACCAAAUACGUUUUUUUUUUCAUUAAGUGCCGCUCUCGAAUAAGCACCGCAUCGCUUAAUUGAGAGUAUAUAAUAUUACCCUGUGUGUAAUGAAACAGGGUUUUAAAUACAAUGUAUACAGUGUUAAAAUUA